GGUACUUUUAACUUAAUCCCGCCUUCCUUCCUUCCUUGGCAAUCAGCUACAUGUCUGAGAAGUACAAGUACUCGUACCUGCAACUACUCGAGUACAACUACAUCGGUACACCGUACCAGCUAGAUCCACGGAUUAUUAGUUGCAAUUGAUUUGAGGGAAGGAGCGUUCGCGAUACUGAGUAGACAGUUUUCUACAGUUGUGCCUGCUACAAGUACGGUCUUCCAGUGCCGGCUUGGUAGCGGGGUAUGGUUCCCCUGCCCACUUUAAGGCGUUCCGACAUUCUCCCGCCAGCUCAAGCCUUAGAGGACCCUGACCCGUGGACCUGCUCGACCCUGCCCUGCUCUCUCUUCUCCUACCACACAACCACCCCCUCACACAACCGAGUUGGAUUGCGUCUCCAACUCAACGGCCGCAUCUUCAGACGUGCCAGGCGCGCGGCAGGCUGAGAAGCUCAAGAACUUCAGGUAAGGCUCGCAAGACCUUGCUGAGAUGCAAAGCACACUUUAUCUUUUGAGUUCAACUGACCAAAUUAACUUCUUUUCACCUUCAGAUCUCGCGAUUGCGCAAUCCAAACUUGGCGCGCUUUCGUCAUUAAACCUUCUAGCUUGCGACACUUCACAUUAUACGAGUCAUCGAAGCCCCGAUAGUAAGGAAAGAACGCUUUCCACAUUAGGAAAGGUACAUACCCUCAUCUUCACCUUCGGUCUUCCAAGCUUGUGUCGCACGUCGUAAGUGCGACUGUAGGUUUUGCAUUCCCUGUGGUUGUUUACCUUAGCCGAAGGAGGAAGGGGCUUAACCGAAGAAGCUGACUUAUCGUCUGACAUCUUUGGUCACAACCCCUAAAUUCAGUGAAACUAUCCUCACUUUUUCUUUGAUGAAUUCUCAUCUUGAUGAGAAUAGAUCAAUACAACGAGUUUAUUCUUAGAUAAAGUUAACAUGCACUAACAACUUUACUAUUUUCAGACAAAGGCAAACACACUUACACUUUCUCCACAAUACCCCUCAAUUAUUUCCAUCCUAAAGCAUUACUUUCGUGCGCCAUAAAAGCUGCCUAUUGUAGUAUGUAUUCAACCUUGAUGUACAACUGUAUAUAUGCUGACGACUGAAUAGAUCAUGGAGGACGAUGAGUCGCCAUCUGUUGGUUACAAGAAGCGUGGUCAGAUGUGUGACUCCCAGCGCAAAGCAAGAAAUUCGAGUAUCGAAGCUAUCAAGAAGGAGUGGAAUGUAGAAAGCGUCGUCGAGAUAUUUCCCCAAGCCAUCCGACCUGCUAACGACGAUGCUCUUGGAAACAACGCAAUUAGUAACAUUCGAUCAAUAUCUAUGAGAGUCUCAAAAUCCGCCGCUAGAGCUCUUUUUAUAGCUGAGUGUGGAGAUAGGCCUGUUGGCUUCAGCCACACUUCCAGAAUUUUGAAGGCACUUGUUAAUGACGAAUCACCAGCGUCUUCUACUAAGUCGUUCAAAAACCCAACAGGAAAGGGAUCUGAUUUAAAGAAGCGUACCGACCUGAAAGCGAGUUUAAUUUCUGUUCUGGCACUCUCCAUAUUUCUUUACUAGAUGCCCCGAGAAUAUCUGAAUAUCUUGACGGCAUAUCUAAGAAGAUUGGGAAAGGUUGCAUUUCUAAGUUCCCGAUCAACUUUUGGACCUGCUUCCCUAUAGAAUAUUGCUUAUUCCACAUUUAAGCAGAUCCUUACGGAAGUCUGUCUUCUCUUUGCUAUACUAACAUGCUUAUUAGGAUCAUGAAGUUUCUCCACUACCUCCGAAAAAAGCUCCAGUUGAAAAAUAUCCCGUGCCUCGCAUCCCAAAGAGAACCGUCACACACAACGGCGCUACUGUAAAUUUAUUGCUUUCCUCCUCGACAUAUAUGUUGCUGAAACUUGAAUAGCCUAUUGAUAAUCCAUCCAAUUCCGGUCCAAAAAAGAUCGCAUCUGAAGUUAUAAACCUUACUGUGAGUUAAUCCGUCAUUUCAAGCCGGACUGCCUUGCUGACUUAUUUAUAGGAUGACGAUUUGCAACUUCCUACCUCAAAGAGUACUACUACUCAAGAUCACGACCUCGACGUAAGAUUGAUUUAAUCUUCAAAUUUUAUACGUUACUAACUUGUUGUCAGCAACAACCCAAUCCCAUACCAACUCAGCAACCCAAUCUCUUACCGAGUCCCGGAAUCUUACCUAAUCCAUACAGAGCCCCCACCCCUCCUCGAAACGAGACCAUUGGCACAAACGAGACCAUUGGCACAAACCAGUCAACGACUGGCAUUGAUAAGGCCAUGGAAUUGAAACACAGCAAUGGCACUCCUUUCAGAGGCGUCGCACCCAUAAAUAACCAGGCUCAGCAUAUGCCGGUUAAGGAACAGCCAAAGGCCGGCGGAUCCUCCCAACACAACGGCCAGUUUUCUGCCAAAGGUCAGACCUCCAUGUUGAUUUGCAAAGAGGUUUCGGGCAAUAAAAGCUUGGUCAACAAGCCUCUUGAACCGAAGGGAAAGGCACUAGACGGUCGUAUAAUGACUCAAGACGAAAAGCUCGCGCACAACCAAAGAAUGAUAGAAGAGCUAAGAGAAAAGAGAAGGAUUAGAGAUCAGAAGUUCCAAGCUUUGGUAGAAACCUCCCCUACUUCCGAGGAAUCGUCUGUUUCAACCCCAACCUCCUGCCCUAAUGAGUCAACCAUGGACACCGAUGUGGACACCGAUGCCGGACGAGCAGUUAAAGCCCAAUCCGAGGGGUUGGUAUCCACAAAACGCCCGUACGAGGAGAUUGCAGACACUAUUAUCGUUGAUACAAGAAAGCGUAUAAAGGCCUCUUCAGUUCCAUUAAAGCUCAAUAUUAACACCCCUUCUUCACCAUCCGCGGCUCCAAUCGCACCUAUGAUUGGCCCGGUAAAAAAUUCUAUCUCCAAACCCAAGCCUGUUAAUACAGCAGUACUUGAAAAAAAGAAACCUCUAUCCUCGGGCACUCAGGCUCCUGUCGCAUCAAUGCAUACCGCACUCAAGCCAAUCCCAGCUCCGGCUCAAGCUCUAGCUCCAGCUCCAGCUCCAUCGUACCCAAUCCAAAGCUUAGUCACAAAAAAGAGGGCGUUCGGAGAAGUCCAACUUGCGACCACUUUGGAAAAAUCUACUAGUAAGGCUGCUAAACAAGCCAAUGCCGGAAUCCGUGCCAUUGGCAGGGGUAUAACCACUGCCAAAAAGGUCGGGGACGACAAAGGGGAGGCUGUUAUACAGGAGCUUGCGGAUUUGAUCCACCGCAAUGCGGCACAACUCAACGCGGAUGUCCAGGCUUUCUAUGAGAAGCAUGGUCUUUCUAUUGAAUCUGGAUUUUAAACUGGCUUUAGGCUUUUGUCGGAGAAGCGGAGUUUUUAACUUCUGAGUACCCUUUUACAUAUGCAGUAACGACUUGGUUGUUGAAGCAUUUUCGACUUUUCUUUAGUUUCCCUUUGGUCUGCCAAACUGGUUGUUUCUGCCAUUGCACGAAUUUCCUUUUCCGGCGGGGUACACAGAACGUACAAGCAUUACAUUCGGCUGGUUAUCAUCCUCGGCGUCUCGAUUUCGAAUUCCGUAACUUGAGAGGCUGUAUCACAGGAUUUCGGGCUUCAUACUCGUACCUCACCAAAAAGUUGUUUUCCUUUCUCUGUUGUUUGCUUGAUGGGAUGGAUGGAUGAUUCCAUUGCUUUGCUCACUUUACGACUCUGAUGAUUCAUGAUACCCCUGGGUGGAGUUCUUUUUUUCUUAAGCCUGUACUCGGUGUGCUCGUGCGUUCUGGGGGGGUUUUUUGCUUGCUUGCUCGCUCUUUGCUUCUAGCGGGGGCUUAAUGUGUGGGUGGGUGAAUGGCGUGUAAUUCAUGGAAUGAAAGGGAAGGGAGUGGAUAGGUAACAUACAUGGGAAAAUGAUGUUUUACCUACCUUACCUAGGUAGAAAAUGGUGCGUACAUACAGUACUUUUACGUAUGGUAGAUAGUGGGAAUGAAAAUUGUGCGCGAA